UAAAGAUUCGAAAAAAAUUGUAUCAGAGCAAAUUUACCAAACUAGAAGCGAACUUUAACCCUCGUACAUACAUAUUUGCAUUAUCUACAGCUAAUUUGUAUAUACAGUGUACAUAGAGAUGAGCACACAACAAACUCGUUCGAGUGGUGGCGGCGGAGGAGGAGGCGGCCGCAGCCAGAAAAAGUCAAAUACCGCCAUUGGAGGCGGCACCGGUGACGCAGGCACACAUGCAGCAACGGUAAACAAGAAAGCUGAUGCCAACAAGACAGAGAAACCAGAGAAAGCCCAACCGAAGGCCACAACCGAACAGCUGCGUAUUGCCCAGAUCACUAAUAGCACAACAGAGGAUCCGCAAAUAAACGAGAAGGUAACUCUUCUAUUGACUAUGACUCAACGCUCUGAAGAGGAGGUAUGUUGUGCCUUGAACGAGUGUGACUAUGAUCUGGAAGCAGCGGCAAACUUCUUGAUAGAGAUUCUGCCGCAGGGCGCCUUUGCCAAGUAUGAGAAAAAGCGCAAGAACAAGGCCGCGACCAACAGUGAUGGCGCCGGUGGCGAUGGUGAUUGGGCAGAUGGCAAUGCAAAUGCUGACAAGCGGGAAAAAUCGAGGAAUCGCAGCUCCAACCGCGGUGGACGCGGCGGCACUGACAGUCGAGGAUGGCGCGGCAGAGAGGCCCGUGAGAAUGAGCGCAAUACGCGCGAGUCUCGCGGUGGUGCCGGCGGUGGAGAACGAGGGGACGAUCGCGCCAACGACAAUUAUCGCGGUGGUCAGCGUAAUGGGGGUGGCGGCCGAUCUAGUACUGGCGGAGGGCGUGGCGGUGGAUUUUCGUCACGCUCAGGUCGCGGCGGUGGACGCAUGGGCACUCGUGGAGGUGGGCGUGGUGAGCGUGGGUAUGGGUCGCGAAACAAUACCAACGACGAUCACCACGAAGUUGAGCUUUGGGACAAUACCAUUGCGCAGAAUGCCGAGAAGCAGCAGCAAACGCACGACGAUGCCUGGGGUGAUUGGAACAAUGAGGAGUACGAAGGUUCGCUCAAGGACAGUAAAGUGUUCACUACGAGCAAUUUAGCUACUCAGACAGCUGCAAGUGUCGUUAGUGCAGGCGUUGGCACUUCGGAGCUGUCAGCACCGCCAGGACUGGAGAAUCAUUUGGGCACAUCCGUGCUUGGGAGCACGGCGCAUCUACAAGGAUCUCAUCUGAAUGCGCUAGUGGGCAAUGCUGUUACAUCCAGCACUACGGACGACAAUUCGUCUGGAGCCACAGGUGGCGGCUUGUCCAGUUCGGCGACCACGCCAAUGUUGCAGUACAGUGCAGCGGUGAGCAAUCCACCGCCGCAGCUGCAAUCUGUGGGCACGCAGAGCAACAACGCGGCGUCAACAGCGCUCAGUUCAUCGCCUUUCGGUGCAACAGAUACAUUCUCAAGCGCAGCCUCCGCGGCAGCUACUCUGGUGCAGCAGGCGCAACAGCAGCAGGCACAAGCGCCCAUCAAGGCAUCAGCAACGCUGUCAGCGGAACAAUCUCAGUAUUUUAACUCGCUAUCGUCGCAGAGCGGUGCACCAGGAGCUACGCAGCAAUCGGCUGUGUCUGGCUAUGCACAAAACGCCGCCUUUGGUCAGAAUUCAUCGAGCGUUGGACAAUAUCCCGCUUCUUAUGCCAAUGUGUUUGCUUCAGCUCCCGGUUCUACUGUGACAUCUGCCAGCGAUCAGUCGCAGCUGGUGGGCAGUGGCGGUCAACAACCACAGGUGAGGCGGGCGCGUGUUAAGCUGCCGCCACCCUCGAAGAUACCAUCGAGUGCUGUGGAAAUGCCCGGAGAUAACGCAAUGAACAACAUUGGCUAUUUGGACGUGCAAUUUGGCGGUCUAGACUUUGGUACUGACGAUAGUUUUGAUGCGCUGCCUGAAAAGUUCAAUGCUGCCGUAACGAUCGAUAACCAGCAGCAACAACAGCAACAGCAGGACGACUACCAAAGCAAGUCAGCGCAGCAGCAAUCAGCGCUGGCAGCAGGACUGCAAAACUCACAAAUCUUACAGGGAGACGGCUUAUCAGCAGGCGGCUAUGCAACUCGUUCUGCGGCGCAGCAACAAAGCGGCUCGACAGGAGUUAGUGCGGGCAGCAACGCCUUGGACCAACUGUCUAAGAACGAUCCUUAUGGACAGACUAGUUCAGGAAGCAGUGCAGCUGCGGCCUAUCAAAAUGCAUACCAGACGAGCGCGGCUAGCAAGGCUAAUAAUGCCUAUCAGACAUCGGGGCAGGGUGGCUAUAGCAGUUCCAGCUAUGCAAAUGUGCAGUCCUCUGUGGCAAACAGCUAUCAGCCGCAAAGCUACGGUUCCUACCAGCCCAAUGCGGUCAAUUCCUAUCAACAGCAACAACAGCAGCAGCAGACUGUUGGCGGCGCGCAAAAUGCGACGGGCAGUGUCUCUGGUAGCGGAAAUGCCACACAAAACAUUCCGGUUGGUAGCAGUGGCACCCAAAACAGCACAAGUGCAAAUGCGAGCUCUGCCUAUCUUACGUCGGGAUAUUCGACGCCACAAAGUGCUUACCAGUCGAGCCAAAGCGUCUAUGGCAGCACUGGGCUUUCAAACAGCAGCGGGUUUGCUGGUAGUACAAGCAACUCCUCAUCGCAGUAUGGUAACUUUAGUGCAAGUGCCAAACUGAAGGAUGCAGCCACAGCUGCUGGCGCGGCGCAUUAUGACAGUGUCUCAACGAGCAGCGGAGUCAGCAGCAGCAGUGGCAGCACUGGAAAUGGUGCGUCAGGUGCUGUGAGCGGUGCAGCUGGUGCUAACACAUCGGCGGUUUCAAAUACUAACAACAAUAAUGUGAGUGCCAGCAGCUCGGCCAGCAAUGUGGCAUCGGGCAACAACAGCAGUGUGACUGGUAAUCAGAGUUCCAGCUCCAUUCCUGGUGUAAGUAGCGGCGUUGCCGGCAGCGCGUCCAAUAACAGCAGCAGCGCGGGAGUGGGAGGUGUGGGUGUGAACAACAAUGGGGGCAGUGCUGUAGCAUCGGUGGCACAAACAGCAGCCGGCACAGCAGCGGUACUUGCCUCGCUCACAAACAAGAACAGCAGCAGCAGUAAUAGCAGCGGGAGCGGCGUCACGACUGGCAGCGCAGGCGCAGGCAGUGGAACUGGUACUGGUGGUGCUGGUAGUGGUGGCGGCAGUGGCAGUGGCGGUUUGGUGCCCACCAACAUCCAAAUGGUUAGUCAAUAUAUUCAGACUGGAUUGCCAUACUAUCAGCAACCAGUUUAUUCCUACGAGGAAUUACAAAUGAUGCAACAGAGAGUGCCACAUGUGCAAGGCUAUUACGAUCUGAACUACACACCCACCAGUUUAGGCGCCGGACGUGACAAUUUGGGUUCGGUUGCGUAUUCAACAAUGACUGAUGGACGCUUUGCACGCACUGACAAUAACUCCAGUCCUGUUAGCAAUGUAUCGAGUACAAUGUCCCAACAAGCCGGUUCAAGCGCGCCCAUGCUAAAUGUUCCUUACGCAUAUUUCUAUGGGGGAAAUGUAAUGCCUGGCGGUUUCCAAUAUGGCACGCCUGCCAUAUAUCCACAACAAAUUCCGACCGCCAAUACUGCAUCCGGAGGCCAGUUCCCAAAGCCGUCGUACAGCGCAGGAUAUGGCUCAACUAGCUAUGACCCGCUCUCACAGACCACACAGGACUACAGCAAGGGCGGCUACUCGUCGAGUGUGAACCAGCAGAGCAAAACGCAGGCGGUUUCGAACCAGCAGCAGGCAGGCACUGGCUCAGACUUGACCUCGUCCAUGUAUGGCAAGGGCCACGUGACGCUUAACAAGGUCAAUUCGUAUGAGAAGCAGAGUUUCCAUUCGGGCACACCGCCACCGUUUAAUAUGGCCAACACACAGACAGCUGGCGGCACUUCGGCGCAGCCAUAUGGCAUGUAUCUGCCCAUGCCCGCUGCUGGACAUCAUAAUAUGAUACAUCAGCCUAUACAUCAGAUGGACGGCAGGAUUCAUAGCUCAUCCCGCCGGGACUCGAACAGCGCUGGCCAGCGCCAACAGUCGAGCAGCCAAGCAAAAUCGGCUGGCAAACAAGGUUACUCGCCUUCGUACUGGACCGGACAAAACUAGCUUCCGGAGAACACAAUUUGGCGGCCCCUACAGAUAACACUUCAGCAAUGUAGCGGUCGUACAAGCGAAUUUUAUAGCCUUCGCACCACGCCGAUACAUAUAUUUAACAACAACACAACGUUGCCUAUAACAAACACAACAAUAACAACAACAACGACCAUAGCAGCAACAGCGGCCAACUCGGCCCCGACUCCCAAUCAGUUAUUAAUGCUUGUGAAGGAGCAAUCAGAAUUGAACACAACAAAAUACGCCGAUGAAUAUCUAAGCGAAGAUGAAUUUUCAUCAGAUGAGAGUAAUCUAAUAUAUGAAGAUGAAAGAUCAUAUUUUACUAAGUAAGAUGUUUUUAUUACAACGCAGCACUGCUCAUCGUAGAACCACCCACGCGUCCUUCAGCAAGCAUAUGACAAACAUACAUACAACAACCAUACAAGAGCAUGCAAGUUAUAAAGUAUACCAGCCACACUUCACAUUAAAUUGCCAACACUCACACACAUGCGCGUACAUACACAAAAAAAUACAUAUGGACACACACAAAAAACACAUACAGCAACACCCGCAUAAAUAUACCAAGUACCAUUCUCACAUUGCAUACAAAAAAUUUACAAAGAUAAAAGGUAACAAUUAUUAAUUAUUAAAGGCGUAAAACGAUUAAACAGAUUGUAAGCGUAAGAGAAAAAGCAGAAGUAAAUUUAAAAUAAAUAUACAUUAAAGAAACAAUACAAAACGUAACGUGAAUGAGAAACAACAAACAAAAAUAAUUAUUGUAAUCGUAAUCGGUUUAAACUUAUAUGUAUAAUUAUAACCUUAAUAUUUAAACUAAAUACAAGAAAAGAAGAUACGAUUAAAUCCAAACAAAUGCAAAA